GAAGAGUCUCUUCAAUACAGCUUCUCCAAAGGUCCUUUGUAUUUUGCUAAGUGGAUCCCCUAGAAAUGAUACUCUGACAGGGUGAGGAGAAUUAAAAGAAAUUUUUUAAAACCUAAUUCAGAUAAAGAGACGGACAGUCCACAAGAUAGAGAAGAAUCAGUUCAAAAAAUAUGCUUUAAAAAAAUGCCUAAAGGCUUCUCUAGCUAGCUGGUUUGGUACAGCUGCCUGAACGAGGUUACAUCACAAAAUAGCUAAAGAUAGUGCGUGGUGCUCUCAGGCUUAAGAGCUGGAAGACCCCCUCCCUCUUCCGUGCUUCUCAGUAGUUGAAAACCAGCAGAUGGUAGCAGAGAAUAGCAGCUUCAGUAGUGAAGAUGCCCAGCAGAGUGCAUCCCUCAAGAACACUGGAGUGGAGGGAACAGAAGGAAUAGCAGAGGACCCUAGGCUACUGAAGAAAGGAAUUUACCAGAUGACAUUGGUGGCCCUGCGACAUUGAAGAAAUGGGAUUACAAGAAAUUCAGAAAAAGAUCAAAGAUGCUUUUGAGGUGUUUGACCAUGAAUCUAAUGACACCGUGGAUGUUAGGGAAAUUGGUACUAUUAUCAGAUCAUUAGGGUGCUGCCCGAGUGAAGGAGAACUACACGAUUUGAUUGCAGAGGUAGAAGAAGAAGAACCUACUGGAUACAUUCGCUUAGAAAAAUUUCUUCCAAUGAUGGUUAAAGUGCUCUUGGAAAGAAGAUACAGACCAAUUCCAGAAGAUCUUCUUCUUCAAGCAUUUGAGGUGUUAGAUGCAGCUAAAGAGGGAUUUCUUACUAAAGAAGAGCUGAUGAAGUAUAUGACUGAAGAAGGCGAGCCUUUUACACAGGAGGAAAUGGAAGAAAUGUUGUCUGCUGCACUUGAUCCAGAAACAAACACAAUUCAGUACAGAGACUAUUUAGCAAUGAUGGUGAUAGAUGAAAAUUAAAAGGUCAUUUUAGGGCCAUGAUUGGCUAGAUAAGAUGGUAGAAGUAGGAUCAGAACGGUCAUCUUUCUUAUUUCCUCGUAAGAUUUGGAAUAUUACCUGUGAGAUCUCGUGUGCUACCAUUAAAAAACAAAA